ACCGGACACACACUAACACACACACACACACACACACGCUGUGAACACACACACACACACACACACACACACACACACACACACGGAGCGGCGCGCAGUCACGGUGGAUCAGGGUCGGUGCGCAGUUACGCAUUAAUCCGUGAGUUCAUCCAGUUCCUGCAACUUUUCAUCUCUUUCUGAUGAUUGUAACUAUUUAUUGAUCAUCGGAUCUGUUGUGGAUUGUCGGAUCUGAUCGGCUGGAGUAUCAUGAUCGGGGAUUUUUCAUGAAUCUGCUCGCUUUCUUGGAGGAUUUCUCACCGGCGCCGAGCACGAUGGAUGUGUUACUCUGACCCCGACUGUCCCGGCUUCCACCGCGAGUGCAGGCCACUGAUUCUCACCUGUAUUUAUCUGAUUGAUUUGGGAUUUGAACCCUUGUUUGGAAACCUCUUGAUCUUGGGAAAUUCAUCAUGAACUUUAUGGUGUACUGGGUACAGUUGGUUUUGGCAGCUCUGCUGAACGCGUCCGUUCUGAAGGCCGCUUCCAUACCGAAGGAGGAAAAAAGUAAAAAUGAGGUGGUGCAGUUUAUGGAGGUGUAUAAGAAGAGCAGCUGUAACCCGCGGGAGCUGCUGGUGGACGUGCAGCGCGAGUACCCACACGAUACCCACUGCACCUACAUCCCGUCCUGCGUGGUGCUGCAGCGCUGCGCCGGCUGCUGCAACGACGAGGCGCUGGAGUGUGUUCCCACGCAGACACGGAACGUCACGCUGGAGGUAUACAGAGUUAGACCAGAGAUAGCAGAACACAAAAUACAGCUGAGUUUCACUGAACACACACAGUGUGACUGCAGAGAGAAACCAGGAGUCAGAACAAAAAAACAAUACCACUGUGAGCCCUGCUCAGACAGGAAGAAGCGCUUGUUUGUGCAGGAUCCUCUCACCUGCAAAUGUUCCUGCAAACUGACACACUUGCAAUGCCAGUCCAAGCAACUGGAGUUAAACGAGCGAGCUUGCAGGUGUGAUAAACCGAGGAGAUGACGAGGGCGGGGACGAGGGCGGCGGCGGCGGCGUGACUCUGGUCUCGUGCACUGAAUGAAGGAAAAUAUUUUAAUUUCGUGGCACUUUUUCAACCUGUGGACCAGACUGUACACACACACACACACACACACAAACACACACACACUACAGUGACGUCACUCACUGUAUGUUUGAAUAGAUUAAUAUAUGAACGUAGUUCUGCGUGGGCGUGGUCCCUGUAAAGACGACGACGGCGAUGUGUAAUGCUGCUAUAGAGACGCGAGGUCGACGGCGAGACACGGGCGUCGGCGCCGAACCUACAGACGGACGGGCGGGGCUCAUCGAGGCUGCUGUGGAUUUAUAUUCAUUCAUUCGUUCAUCGACGGAGCGAAACGCAGAGACGCACUCUGAUUGGACGAGGAGACACGUGGGCGGGGCAAUUCUGCGGAUCAGCUCCACUAAUGCCCCCCAUGGACCGGAGGUGUAAAUAAUACAGGGAGAUGAAAGUUAUUCCAGGUUCAUCAGGACUCACCGUGAUGAGAGAGAUUCUGCAGUUGAAUGACAGUGUGUGAUGAACUCGUCUCAUUAUCCUCAUUUCCAAAGAGGAACCACUUACACACACACACACACACACACACACUCACGGUGUGAAAUCCCUUCAGUCCACGGCUCCUAAUUUAUAGACUCUCUUCAGUAUUGGCUGUAUUUUAUUGAAUUAUUUAUAUGCAGUGUUAUUAUUAUUAUUAUUAUUACGUCUGACGUUUUUUUUGCUGUUUCGUCUCGUUUGCUCACACCGACCGGCUGCAUUUGUUUGUUUCCUAAAAGAACGAUAAGACUUCAACAUUCCUCCAAGCUCACACUAAAAAACGCCACCAAACCAAACACAGGAGACGCUUCAGAAACCAGAGACUCACCACUGUCCAUCCCACCACUACAUUCUUCUAUUUGUAUUAGAACCUCAUUAUAUUUUAAUGAUAUAUUUAUUUGUGCGGUAAAGAUUUAAAUAUUAACACUUUUGGUUUUAGCUUAACAUUAUAUAUUUAUUUUCAAAUGAUAUUGUUUUUUAUUAAACUGAAAAAUCUACA